AUGGCUUCUCUCUCUGCGAGCUCUUCCACUUUCUUACUAGUGCUUUUCUUGGCCAUUUUCUCUUCCUUACAAGGUUUCUCUGUGGCUUCUCAGGAGUUCGAAGUGGGUGGCUCAAAAGGGUGGGUUGUCCCACUUCCCAAUGACACUGACAUCUAUAAUGACUGGGCUUCCCAGAACAGAUUCCAUGUUGGUGACUCCAUGUACUUCAAGUACAAGAAGGACUCAGUGAUGGAAGUUGGUGAGGAUGAUUACUUUGACUGCAAUGCCACUCACCCAACCUUCUUCUCCAACAAUGGCAACACUGUGUUCAGGCUUGACCACUCGGGCACUUUCUACUUCAUCAGUGGUGCUUCAGGGCACUGUCAAAAGGGACAGAAGAUGAUUGUGAGGGUGAUGGUUCCAGAUGAGUCUCUUCGUCAGCAUGCAAAGUCCUCUGCUCCUGCAAUUGGGGUCUCUGAAAUCUUCAUCCUUCAGUUUGCUUUGGCAUUUGUUGCUUCCUAUCUUUGGUACAUAAUUAAGGUCAUAGAGAAUGUUGAAGUUAAUGUGGCGUACGUGGUAGUGAGCAUUCUAUUAUGA